AUGUCUUUUGGAUUAACUAAUGCUCUAGCAGUAUUCAUGGAUUAUAUGAACAGAAUUUUCUGGCCGUACUUGGACAAAUUUGUUAUCGUCUUCAUUGAUGAUAUUCUUGUUUACUCUAAGACUGAGGAGGAGCAUGCUAAUCACUUGCGAACUGUGCUGCAAAUUCUGAGAGAUAGGAAGUUGUAUGCUAAGCUAUCUAAAUGCGAGUUUUGGAAGAGUGAGGUGAAGUUUCUCAGUCACGUGGUGAGUAAACAGGGGAUAGUUGUGGAUCCUGCCAAGGUGGAAGCAGUAAUGAAUUGGCAGCGACCAACUUCAAUAACAGAGAUCAGGAGUUUCCUAGGUUUGGUGGGGUAUUAUCGCAGAUUCAUUAAGGAAUUUUCACAGCUCGCCUUACCUUUAACUAAGCUGACUAGGAAGCAUACACCUUUUGUCUGGACGUCGGAGUGUGAGGAGAGUUUUCAAGCAUUGAAGCACAAGUUGACUACUGCACCCGUGUUGGUAUUUCCUGAACCAAGUGAAUCGUUUGAAGUGUACUGUGAUGCCUCAUUAAAAAGGUUUAGGGUUUGUUCUGAUGUAGCACCAGAAUGUUAUAGCAUACGCCUCACGGCAGUUAAGGCCGCAUGA